ACGAUGAACGCCAGUAAACCGCCGUUUCUCGCCAAGAUAACAUGUAGCUAGCUGUAUUGUACUGUUCUUCGACUGCGAUAUGAACACAAUGGAUUGCUGGAAGAUGACCAGAUAUAAAAAGGCAGACUUUGAAGAGGAUGUAAGCAGCAUCGGCUCCGUCCAACUUACUGAGGGAGUCUCCUCAACUGCCACACAUAUCAGAUAUCAAAUGCGAACGAGUUUUUGGAAAUCAAGAACACUCCUGGAGAAAACAUUAAUACUUUCUGUCAUAUUCCUCCUUGUCAUUGUUUUCAUCCUCAGUUUGGCACUCAAUGCCACUGGAAGGCCAGAUAGAAGAUUGCACUACUUACAGGUCAACACUAGACCAGACGGUGAGACAGACGAGAAUUACUGCUUGACUGAAACAUGCAUCAAAACAGCGGCGACGCUUGUCUCGGCCAUAGAUAGGACUUCAGAUCCGUGUAAUGACUUCUACCAGUUUGCCUGUGGCAACUGGAUCAAGUACAAUCCCAUACCGGAUGGAAAAUCGACUUGGGGAACCUUUGCUAAAAUGGACCAGCAAAAUCAGCUUAUCCUUAAAAAUGCCUUAGAAAAACCACUUACCAGCUUUAAAAGCAGUGCAGAAAAAAAAGCGAAGCAUUAUUAUAACUCAUGCAUGGAUGCGAAUGAAACUAUUGAGGCCCUUGGAGGCAAACCAUUGCUGGAUCUUUUAAAAGAAGUCAAAGGAUGGAGUAUCGCUGGCGAUUUUGAUGUACAGACAUUUGAUUUACAAGAAAAGCUUCAAAUACUUCAAAACAAAUAUAGUUUUCCUGGUCUUUUUUCAUGGGCUGUAAAUGAGGAUGAUAGAAAUUCUAGUAUCUAUAUUAUACAGGUUGAUCAAGUAUCCCUCAUACUACCCACCAGAGACAAAUACUUGAACAAAACUGAAGAAAAUAUGAAAAUCCUAAAAGUAUACGAGGAUUAUAUGACUGAUAUGGGUGUCUUACUCGGAGGAGAAAAAAAUAGGACUAGAAAGUUAAUGAAAAACAUAAUCGAUUUUGAGACGAAACUUGCAGAAAUCACUAUCCCAGAUGAAGAAAGGAGGGACGAAGAGAAAAUGUAUCAUUUGAUGACUGUGGCCGAUCUGGAAAAUCUUGCACCUUUUAUCGCAUGGUUGAAAUAUUUCAAUAAUGCUUUGAACCAAGUCAACAACGAAAUCACUGAGAAAGAAAUGAUAGUUGUUUAUGCUCCGCAGUACAUGGUAAAUUUAACGAGGAUACUUAGUGAGUAUAUGAAUUCAACAGAAGGAAAGGAGACAGUAAACAAUUAUCUUGUAUGGCAAAUGGUAAAUUCACAAAGAGUGUAUCUCUCAAGAAACUUCAGAGACACAUACAAGGGAAUGAAAAAAGCCAUUCUAGGGACUGAAGGCGGUGAAGAAUCGUGGCGUUUCUGCGUCUCUGAUACAGCGGCAAUCCUUGGCUUUGCGAUCGGUGCGAUGUAUGUGAGGCAAAACUUUGACCACCGUUCUAAAGAAAAUGCUGAACAAAUGAUUAAUGAAGUUAGGGCAGCAUUUAAAGAGAACUUAAAAGAGCUUACAUGGAUGGAUGUUGAAACAAGGGAAUUAGCUGAAAAUAAAGCCGAUGCCAUUACUGACAUGAUUGGUUUUCCUGACUAUAUUCUCAAUACAGAACAGUUGGAUGCAAAAUAUGUAGAUCUUAACAUAAAUGAAAUGGAAUACUUCCAAAACAAUAUAAAUGCCAAUAAAUACAACUUGAUACAAAAUUUAAAACAACUUGGGCAGCCUGUAAAUCGUACAAGAUGGGGUAUGACACCACCGACAGUGAAUGCGUAUUAUACUCCAAACAGGAAUCAAAUAGUUUUUCCAGCCGGUAUUCUACAAUCUCCAUUUUACGAUAUUAACCACCAGCAAGCGUUGAAUUUCGGAGCAAUGGGAGUGGUGAUGGGGCAUGAGCUCAUUCAUGCGUUUGACGACCAGGGGAGGGAAUAUGACAAAUAUGGCAACAUGCACCAGUGGUGGAACAACAGAACAAUUGAAAAAUUCAAAGAACAAACUGAGUGUGUAGUUAAGCAGUAUUCAAAUUAUGAAUUAGACAGUAAAAAGCUAAAUAAUGGAAAGCAAACAUUAGGAGAAAAUAUUGCUGAUAAUGGAGGUCUGAAGGCAGCAUACCGAGCAUAUAUUGACAGAGUUAGCAAAAGUAAAGAAGAACCUCUACUUCCAGCUGUAAAUAUGACGCACAAACAGUUGUUUUUCCUUAGCUUUGCUCAGGUGUGGUGUUCCGCGAGCACUGACCAAGCAACUAAUCUUCAUGUUGAGAAAGAUAGUCACUCAAUACCAAAGUACAGGGUCAUAGGAUCUCUUUCAAACUUUCAAGAGUUUGCUGAUAACUUUAACUGCAAAUUAGGUUCAAGAAUGAAUCCAAAAGAAAAAUGUGUUGUAUGGUAAUUGAUCACUAGGGUAUCAUUGGCGUUAAUUUUAAUCUUCCGGGCAUAUUUAUUCCUAAAUUUUUUUUUAUGGUUUCACAGCACUAAUUUUAUUAUUUAUUUUAGCUCGUAGAUACUAGUCUUUUAAACCGACGAGCAGAUUAAUCAAGUUUUACUGUUGAUAGAUAAAAAUGAUUUACCAAAUGGCACUAAAUGAACAGAAUUUGGGAAAGUGUUAAAAGUUGGUUCCUUAAAAAAGUAGAAUGUUUUGUUAAUUUAAAUGUUCCUUUUAUUCGACACAGAUAAUGUUUUUGUUCUUGAAUUACAAAACGUUUAUCGUUUAAAAGGCUGUGCCAGUUAUGCCCAAAAAGUUAAUGUUGAAUCUAGUCUAAAGUGAAUGAUCUAAUAUUGAAGUUUUCAUCACACAAAAAUAUACAAAACUUAGAAGUCAUUAAUAAUUUAUGCUUUAUUUAAAUGAAACAUAAAAAUAUACAUUUUAAAAAUAAAUAAAUUGCAAUGAUUGUUGGCUAGCAAAGUGCCCAAUGAUGUGAGGUGAAGUACCAAAGGGUCCAACAAAGUGCAAAAAACGUCGGAACUGAAGGGAGAUUUUAUUAAUUUGAUUUGUCAAAAAAGUUGUGGGAGACUGUGAACAAGAUUUUGUUUUAUUUUUGUAAGGUUGCCAAUAAAAAGGUAAUAUUAUAUUUAUAAAAAUUAAUUUGUUUAUUAGCUUGUUUAAAUGUUUAAAAAGUUUAUUUUGAAUAAAAUAGCAUCAUAUAUCAUAUACUCUCAGUAAAAUAUAAGUACAAAAUAAUAAAAAAGUAAGUCUAUUUUUUAAUCUUUGUCACAUAUUGAAAUAAAUAAUUGAUAAUUAAUGAUAAAUCGGUUAUGCUUAAAACAUUUAUGCUUAACCAGUUGUUCUGAAGAAAAAGCAGCGUAAUAUCCUAAAUGUUUUUGUUGUGCUAACGUCUGAUCAUAAAAUAAAUGUUCUGAAUAAUGUUGUCAUUACAAAUAACAAAAGUAAAAUUGAUUAGAAAAGUGUGUUCCCUCUAUGAUAAAUAAGCUUGACAGGUAUGGAGAUUAGAAAGACAAAUAAUUUGCGUGAACAGCAGCAUGUAGAUAGCUUAAAUGGCUUACAUUCCUAAGUCCAUAGAGUAAGAACAACUCAGUGUCUCCAUUUUUUGUAAUCAAUAAUGAAGUUAAAUUUUGUCAGUGAGAUUACAACAUACUGAUGUGCUGUAGAAUUUACUUCAGGGAGUCAUGUACUUAAUAUACGUCUAUUGUGUAGCAUGUGUUUUUAUUACACAUUGAAAACACAUAAAAAUCACUAACUUUUACCAAAACAAAAAAUCUUCCUUAGUCAUAAACUUCCUUUUAAUUUAUCUUUAGAAAAUUAAUUUUGGAAAUAUUUAUGUAUUUUAUGUUAUAACAAUUAGUAUUAAACUUGUUUAGCAUGUUUUUUCAUAAAUAAAAAUAUCGAUGUUAUUUUUAUAUAUAAAUUUUCACUGUGGUUGUGUUUGUAGCCAUGAUAAGCCAAUAACAAUUAACAAGUCCUCCCAGAAAUGUUUUGUUUAAUAUAAUCUUAGUGUUACAUUGUUAUCUGUGAUACAGCAUGUCGGUGUUCUACACGCUAUAUAGAAUUAAUUGGAAAAUUGAAUCAUUGUAUACAACCUGAAAUAUAAAAACAUUAUGUACAAAUAUAGAAUAAUAAGAAA